UAAACCAGGGGCGCCUGGAAGAAAUUAGACGCAGGAAAGGUAGAAGUAGAGUUCUGCGGCAGUUCACAGCUUUAACCUGUAAGCUUGGAAAAACUUGAAUUAAUACCAACCCUUGUCUCCAACCUUGACUACUGUUGGAUGUAUUUUCCCUUUUUUGUAACAUUUGAUAAGUGACAUCACCAAAACAGACUUUCAAGAUGUUUAUACAUUUAAAAAAGGCAUACACUAGGCUAUAUGAUUUAUGAGUAAGAGGAUAAAGAAGAAGACAAAUUUUCAGGCAUUAUAUGGAAAACGUGGAUAUUGCACAUCCUUGCAACUGUAUGAAGGGAGUGUUGAGCUUCAUGAAGGCUAUUCAAAAGAACUCCAAAAAACUUUUACACAGUUUCAGCGCUGAAAACGGAGCCUCGUCUGACUGCAUCAUAUAGGACCUGGACAACCACAUAGCUGCUUCAAGAUGGGAUGUGACAAAGUCAUUACCUACCUUCGGAUUUUUGGGACAACACUGUUUGGAGUCUCCCUACUCGUGGGAAUCUCUACUGCCUACAUCAUGGGCUACCAGUUUUUCACCACUGCUGGCAACUAUUUGUCAUUUGGUCUUUACGGGGCCAUACUCGUCAUUCACCUCAUCAUCCAGAGCCUGUUUGCCCUGCUGGAACACAGGAACAUGCGGCGUUCGCUGGAAACGCCCAUCAAACUCAACAAGUCCUUGUGCCUGUGCAUAGCGGCUUACCAAGAGGACCCCAGCUACUUGAGGAAGUGCCUGAUAUCGAUCAAGCGCCUCACCUACCCCGGCAUCAAGGUGAUCAUGGUCAUCGACGGCAACAAAGAGGACGACCUGUACAUGAUGGAGAUCUUCCGGGACAUCAUGGGCCACGACAAGGUCUCCACGUUCAUCUGGAAAAGCAACUACCACUCGCGAGGUCCCGAGGAGACCAACGAGUCGUACGAGGAGAGCAAGCGGCAGGUGGCCCAGCUGGUGCUCACCAAGAAGUGUUUGUGCAUCAUGCAGAAGUGGGGUGGCAAGAGGGAGGUCAUGUACACACCCUUCAAAGCCCUGGGAAGGAGUGUGGACUAUGUGCAGGUGUGUGACUCGGACACCAUGCUGGACCCCGCUUCCUCAGUGGAGAUGGUGAAAGUACUGGAGGAAGACCCCAUGGUGGGUGGAGUUGGUGGUGAUGUCCAGAUUCUCAACAAAUAUGAGUCCUGGAUCUCAUUUCUCAGCAGUGUCCGGUACUGGAUGGCCUUCAACAUAGAGCGAGCCUGCCAGUCUUAUUUCGGCUGUGUGCAGUGCAUCAGUGGGCCCCUCGGCAUGUACCGAAACUCUCUGCUGCAGGAAUUCCUUGAGGACUGGUAUAACCAGACCUUCAUGGGCAGCCACUGCAGCUUUGGCGACGACCGUCACCUCACAAACCGCGUGCUGAGCCUCGGCUACGCCACCAAAUACACGGCGCGCUCCAAGUGCCUGACAGAGACCCCCAUCACCUACCUGCGCUGGCUCAACCAGCAGACGCGGUGGAGCAAGUCCUACUUCCGCGAAUGGCUCUACAACUCCAUGUGGUUUCACAAGCACCACCUGUGGAUGACGUAUGAGGCGGUCAUCACAGGCUUCUUCCCGUUCUUCCUGAUCGCCACCGCCAUCCAGCUCUUCUACCAGGGCCGCCUCUGGAACAUCCUGCUUUUCCUGCUGAUCGUUCAGGCCGUGGCCCUCAUCAAGUCGUCCUUCGCCAGCUGCCUCCGUGGCAACAUUGUCAUGGUCUUCAUGUCCUUCUACUCAGUCCUGUACAUGUCCAGCCUGCUGCCCGCUAAGAUGUUCGCCAUAGCGACGAUCAACAAGUCUGGCUGGGGCACGUCGGGGAGGAAGACCAUUGUUGUGAACUUCAUCGGGCUGGUGCCCAUAUCAGUGUGGUUCACCAUCCUCUUCUUUGGCAUUAUAUACACCAUCAUCCAAGAAACCAAAAAACCCUUUCCUGAGUCUGAGAAGAUUAUCUUGAUAAUCGGCGCAAUAGUAUACGCCAGUUAUUGGGUGGUGCUUUUGACGUUAUAUGUGGUACUUAUUGCAAAGUGUGGCAAGAGGAAGAGUGAACAGCAGUACGACAUGGUACUGGACGUAUGAGCGUCUCCCUGUGGUCCCCUUGCUUCUCUCCACUACGUUUACAUUGUGAAAGUAUUGUAAGACUGACCCUAAGAUGGACUCUCAGGUAGGUGAUCGACACCUGCGACACCCACCGCAAAAAAGAGAAAUCUUUGCUGCUGUGACUGAAACAAACAAACAAACAAGCAAAAAAGGUAUUGUGAUGUUCAAGAAACAAUAUGUAGGCUGUCCUGAAAUGUGCACCACCAAAAAAUGGGCAUCAUUUUCCUGAAAUUUUUGCUUUUGUUUUUGUUUCACAUAUGGAAGUAUGAAUUCCGAUGCACUUUUUAAAUGUUUCACUCUCAUUGCAUGUAAUGCUUGACAGACAAAUUUGAAGUACCAAAUACCUCAGUGGUUACGUUGUCACAGUGUGAGUGAUCGGGAUGCAGUCACGCAAGGCGCAUUCUUGUCUGAAAUAAUUUAUGAUAGUUUUUUAACAUUGUGUAUGUAAAUGGUUUUUUAAAACAAAAGCCAAAAAAAAAACAGAACUUAAAAGCAUUUGGUCAUGCUGUACUUUUUGAUUUGCAUAUUGUAUUUUAUUACCUUUAUAUAUAGACAUGUUUAUUUUUGUUUAGCCACCAAAGAUUCUUUAUUUUCAUUCUUUUUUGUAUGAAAUCAAUCAAUGCAUUGUGCAUUAGACUGUUGAGACAAUGAAUUAUGUAUCUGACCAAAAAUGUGAAAUUAAGAAGCUGGGUUUUUUCCCCCCUGCAAUAGUAACAAUAAAAUGCAAUUCUAGGGAUAAGUUAUUGAUCUACAAGAAGGGUGAUUAACCUGUGUUUCAUAGUUUUCAUGGAAAGAAAACCAGCAUAUUUAUUAGAGCAUUCUGUGGUUUAUAGCUUUUUUUUUACCAGAUUGAGAGGAUUAUUUUGAUAUUUGUUAUACUAUACUGUAGACAUACCAAAAUGACAUUAGUGUUGUUCCUGUUUCGAUGGGAGUUUGUGACGGUGCCCUGAACAUAUGAAUUUUCAACAUAUGGGUGGGUGAACAGAGCGUGAACAAAGAGUGAAAAUAUGAUGCAAAAUCCUGCACAAAAUCAAAGCUGUAACUUUUGCACAAUAGUGUCUAUGCUCUGUGUUGUGAAGCAUUUGUGGUUCUGCUCUGCCUUGCUUGUCUCCUGUUGUUGAUGAAACUGUCGAGGGCUGUGUCAUUCUGUAUCUCACGUGCCUGGCCUCCUGUUUCAGCCACAGGUUAAGACAAAUAUUUAUCACUGAAUGUCCGCCAAUGAAAGGCAGCAGGAAACAAAUGUUGUGCCUAAAUUACGUGCCUUAACCAGCAGUCAGUUGGAUUGGCUGAUAUCCUGGAUUCCGAACUGCUGGAUUUGAGCCUACUGUUUUAAACCCACAUUCCCACCCCCUGAAACUCAUUAGAAAAUCACCACCCCAUCUUGUAGUCACUUCUAUUUCCAAUGAAGGACACCUUUAUACAAUUCAUCAACACCAAGACCAAUGUAUUUUGAAUAAGAGACCAUUUCCAACUUUCUAUUUUUAUAGUAAAGAAGUCAUAGCAUUUGAAAUUUAAUUCUGACAACAACAGAAUUUCAUUAGAGCAUCAAGAUGUGUGUUUCCUUUGAUUUUUGUUUCAUGUCGGACAUCUUAUGGACAGUGUUGUCAAAAAGCACUUUUCAUUUUUGUGCCAAAAUUAAUAAAAUGAUAUGUUGCUUUUA